AAAUCUUAUUUCGUGUGUCUUACAUCUUCCAAAAAGUUGAUAUCAACGUAAUGGACGAUUCAAUCGAACCACUCGAUAAUGAUGCGGAACGUCAAAUGAGUUGGUUCUUGGACGGUACCAUCGUUCGCAAUGUAUUCGAUUCUUCAGGUGGUGAUAUUUGUGUAAGAGAAUUAUGUGAAUGGCACGAAAGUCCCAAGCGAUUACGCGAUGUGCCCCUUUUUGAAGAUUCCGUAGCUGCCGAUGAUAUAGAUACGUCCGAUAUUCUGGCAACCAUCGCUCCGAAUGUGGCGGCCCAGUGUGAUGUUAUAGAAAGCGAGACUUGCAAAGCCGAAAACGCUGAGAUGGAUUAUCUGAACCAUUCCUCUUAUAGUGAUAGCACUCUCGACGAUCUACAGAGUGCAGUCCAGCCUAUAUCCUGCUUUGGUGCUUCUAUCGUUAGAGAACAAACUUCAACACCGUUUUCAGAAGUGAUUCCGAUGGCAGAAUCUAUGGCAAAUAAUCUCGUAGAGUACUUACAAGAAAUUGGUAAUAGGUUUCCACCUUCGGCUCGACCAGACCAUUUACCACAGCAGCCCGGAUCUCUAGAAAUUAACGCCCCCCUUGCCAGCGAAAAAUUGACGCAAAGAGGGACAAAGAGGCGAUUGCUGGAAAAAGACCUCUCGUCGUUAAUUUUAGUGCACACACGUGAAAACCGUGCGAGAUUUGAAUCAGUUCCAUAUUCUGUGUCGAAAAACGAUUGCUCGAAAGUAUCAUCUCCGCUAACGAACGUACGUCACAACGCCCGAGGCACACGUGUAUCUAACAAAUUUGUACCCGAUAGUAAAAAGCAUUUUAAGGUAGAUGCGUCGGGUCAAUUGCAAAAGAGGAAGCAAGCCGGUUUAAAGAAAAAACACUCUGCACUGCGAAUUGUGCAUACACGAUGCGGCCGAAUGUCAAGGCCACCACGGUCAACCAACAAUAAUUUGGGACAUGCCGACAUUAAUCCAGUAGACGAACCCAUGCCAACCCUAACGUUCGUGGACAAUGAUAACACGCAAGCACCAUCCCAUCGAGUUGAUAAACGUCAUAGCCCAAACAUUCCACUUGAGUUUAAAUGUGGCACUUGCCAGAAAACGUACUUGGGAGCCAGGAUGAAGACACACUUGAGUAAAUUUCCAACGCAUGUGGCGCUCAGUGAAAUGAUGGCGCCCAAAAACGUUUCACCACCCGAUCCGGAGCGGACUGUCCAACACAAUGAAUCACUGCCUAAAGCCACUAAGACGGCAGAGACACCCUCGCGGCUUUUCCAUCAUUUGAUGCAGUUUUUAGCAACAGUGCCGGAAUACAAUCGUUGCGAGUGGAUGAUCCAGGAACUAAGUGUUUUUGUAGCGCAACUUAGGGAACACAUCGCGUUGCUUAUCGCGGCGGACGAUAACGCAGAGAAUCUCGUAGACGCAUUCAUCGAUCAGAACGUGGCAGAUAUUUUACGCCUUAGUAGCGGAACAUAUCGCUUUCGUGUUGACAAUCUGAUCUCGGAUUUGCAAGGACCAGCACUGAGAAGUGAGGAGCCUUGGGCAACUCCGUGCUCCGACCUUCUCUGCAACUUCGAAACGCCAAGGAAUGGUGAAUUUGACCGCUCGCUCAGUUUCGUGGAGGAAUUUUUCGCCAUGUUGCCGAUAGAGGACAGAGCGGCUUUUCCAAACAUAUGUCCGCCUGACGAUACAUCAGAGGUUUAUCCCACAUCAAAUUUGUAUUAAAUUUCGAUUAAUACUUUCUUGUUUUUCAUACCGUUCACAUCGCUCAACAGAUUUUAUUACUUAAUUUUGCUCAAGUCCGUGCCUAUUGAUGAAUAUGUUUUUCAUAAUAGGAAGAGUACAAUUGGGCUGAUUGUUUUUUUUUGUGAAGUAAAGCAUGCGCG